AUGGACGAUGCCCAAUUAGGAAGUCACAUAGCAAAUUCGCGUGUUCACGGACAUUCUGCAGAGAUUCCGGAUCUUCCGCCAUUUCAACGGCGAUGCAUUCAUACGCUUGCGGAUAUCAUCACUUCGCCUUACACACUCGGACUUCCCGCCCAGAUAGGAGUAUUCCUUCGUCCCGACCAUACUAAACGUAGCGCCUUUAAUAAGCAGCUUUCGACCUACCUCAAGACCGCCUACCGUCGAUUAGGCAAAAAGCCUAAGGACUUGCACCGAAAAUGGGAUAUUUUAACCACACUUCUGCCAACUCUUUUCGUUCUUUUAUUCAGCUAUUUUUGUGGUCUCAUUUUUGGUUGGCAACUUGGUCAAACUAUCGGCCUCACCUCCAUCAUUCUCUACGUUCUAUUUCUAUGCAUAGUACUCUACGGUGGACUAAAGAAACGCUGGAAGUUAAUUCAACCAGUGGCCGAAACCCUUCUUCGUUAUUCUAGGUCUUGGCGUUUGAUUGUCGAUAUUAUCUUUUACAAGCCUCAAAAGCAAACCACUGUCUCUUCGAGUAUCAGAUUGUUGCCAGUCAGUCUAAAAUUAGGCGUAUCAGAAACAUCCUGGGAUGCUGCACUUAGACUUACUGAAAAGAUGUGGCAAUCGGCAACGUCAAAGUAUUCCAAAACAACUGUCUACCUUCAAUACGCGAGCAAAGAUGACGAUUGUGCCGUUGAACGUAGAUGUCGAAAAUCAUGCUGCUUUCCUGCCUGGAUAUGUGCCCUCCUGGGAGUCAUAUCUCUGCCAACAUUAUUUACUGCCCUACAGAUUUACAUGGAUUUAGGAAAUAAUACCGCGCAAUACAAACUUGGGUCAAAAGUUGCCUUCUUCGCGGCCGCUAUUGUAGAAGAUCUUUGGCUUGCCGUACUUGUCUUUAGGGCUGGACACCGAAUCAGGUGUUUUGCCAAGCAAUCGUGUCCGGUACGUAGUCUGAACUCAGCAACGGCUUCGAUUCUUGGCCAGUCGGGUGACACAAAAAUAUCUCUUCUAUCAGCUGAUGAGGAUUUAAUGGAUGAGCGAAGCACCAGUAGCAUUGAUUCAAUGACUGGGCGCAUAAAUCAUAGUCGCAACAGUCAAGCCCAAAAAAUGCUGACCUCAACGAAGCAGGCCCGGGAUUAUUUGCUACACGAUGGAUUUGAUAAUUUGGAGAAGGGUGAGGGUGCCGAAUCGCAACUGGAAAGUAGGCUUAGAGAGGAAGUCAUGGCAACUUGCCAUACACUCCAUCGUCUAGAUGCUAGAAAUGAUCGACAAACACGCUUUCUUUUGUCCAUUGAUGCCACUGCAAUUUCUGCCAAUCUUGCCACUGCACCGCAAAGAUUAGCAGAAUUCAGUGAACUUUUAAGUCGAUUAUUCACCUCAUCGCCACAGGGAGAGUCCGGUGUGUUAUGGUCACUUGACGAUGCAAAAGACUUGACUGGACCCACUGAUUCGAUGAACUCAAAAAGACUCAAAGAGAGUUUACCAAAUGUGCCAAAUGUAAUCAUUCUUCUGGUAUGUAAGCAAGAUAUGUCACCGCCUUGUGCCUCAGCACCGGAAUCGCGGCCAAUCUCCGAUUUCUGGCAAAAUUCUCUUGACACCUGCCAUUUAACUGUGUUUAUCGACGAGCCUAUGGAGGGUCCUCUUCAAACCCCAAGUGGAAAUAACAAUCACGCUGUAAGUUAUGUGGCACUUGUUGAUUUUGAAGGACAAAGCUCAGUCACAGUGUAA